CCACGUUUAGUGACGUGUCAGAAAAGUGCCGGAAGCUUUGAGCGCAUCCAAAAUGGCUUAUCAAACAUUACAACAGGAAUAUUUACAGAUUCCUGUAGUGACCAGAGCGUACACCACCGCGUGUGUCCUUACAACCGCUGCCGUGCAACUAGAAAUUAUCACUCCAUUUCAGCUAUACUUCAAUCCAGAUUUAAUAAUAAAGAAUUACCAGGUAAGAUUCAGCCCGUUCUUGUUGCCAUGGCAGAUAUGCGUUGCUGUUAUUUUUAUAUUUUAUAUUGAAUAUAUAUUGAAUAUAUAUACAUUGUUGGUGCCCAAUGCUAUGCUAAUGUUUCUUGUGUUUCUACAGGUAUGGCGACUCAUAACAAACUUCCUGUUUUUUGGGCCUGUUGGCUUCAAUUUUCUCUUCAAUAUGAUAUUUUUGUAUAGAUACUGUCGCAUGCUUGAAGAGGGAUCUUUCCGGGGACGUACAGCUGACUUUGUCUUCAUGUUCCUCUUUGGUGGACUUCUCAUGACUAUUUUUGGCACUUUUGUGAGUCUAGUGUUCCUGGGGCAAGCCUUUACCAUCAUGCUGGUUUACAUAUGGAGUCGGCGAAACCCAAAUGUCCGCAUGAAUUUCUUCGGUCUUCUGAAUUUUCAGGCACCAUUUCUACCUUGGGUGCUAAUGGGAUUCUCGUUGCUGCUAGGCAACUCCAUCAUUGUGGAUCUUUUAGGUAUUGCUGUUGGUCAUGUGUACUACUUCCUGGAGGAUGUAUUUCCGAAUCAGCCAGGUGGUGGGAGAUGGCUCAAGACUCCGUCCAUCAUAAAGAUGUUGUUUGACACACCAGAAGAAGAUCCUAACUACAAUCCACUGCCCGAAGAGCGACCAGGAGGGUUUGCCUGGGGGGAAGGACAGCGCCUGGAUGGUUGAACGUGCCCCACCUUAUAUACGAAUGAUGGGUUACAUAUGUGGACGCACGCUUUAUGAUGCAGAGGGAAUGAACAAGGUUCCUUUUUUUAUUUCAUCUUGGUCAGAAAUGCCUAAUCAGCCAGGACAUUUUCUGGAGAUCCGCAUAUCCUGAGCUUAUGCUUUUGGGUGAAGUCAUCCCCAAACUCCUCAAGAUGUCUCUUGGAGGGUCUUGAGUUAUUCAGCAGGACUUCAAGUGGGAUGGUACUCUGGAUAUGGACUCUUAAGGCAUGCUGCUACUUCUAUUGCGACACACUGGUCCAAAAUUGAACAAUGACUGCAGAAAAGCAUUGGGAUCUGGAGUGCAGUUUUUUGUUUGUUUUUUUCAUUCAUUCUUUUUAAACAAUAAAAAAAGAUGUCUAAUAUGAUCUUUUUUAAUUUACAUAAAUAUUGUGAUGUGUGGUUGCAUUAUCUGUUUUAACCUGUUCAGUUUAUGUUCUCCUUUAAUACACAAGCAGCCUUAAAUUGGACAUCUUUCCAUUUAGUUUCAUUCGUGUGUUGUAUUUUUAUAAUCUGAUAAUAUGCUUUUCUUUCAAAUAAAUAUGAAAGCAGUGGUGGACAUUGAAUAUAAAUGAAUUAAUGUAAAUUUCUGUCAUACCGACU